AUGCAACAGGAGCGCGAUUGGAGGUUCAUGCGCAUGCGUAGGCGGGCGGCCGCGGCGGGCGGGCGGCAUACAGCCUCCACGCUCCUUGUUAAUGAAUCGUCGGUGGCCGUGCUUCGAGCUGCGUCCGACGCGUGGCUAAAAGUUCCGCUCCCUCGCGCCCUCUCACGAGGAGCCGGUGUCGCAAAUACUGUCAAACUGAGUUCUGCAGUUGCUUUACGGUUCAAUCAAACAAAUGUACUCAAUAAUGUUGGUUAUAUGAGGUUCAGCGUUCUUAGAAACGACUAA